AGACUUCCGGGGCGAGGUGACGUCUCCAGGGUUCCUUCCUCCGUGAACUCCAGGUCGGGGACAGGUGGAAGGUCUUGGGACGGGGAGCAGUGAAUAUUGCUAGGCGGACACGGCUCGAUGAAGAGAGAUCUAAGAAAGAACUGGGACUGGCGGGAGAAAGUGAAUUGAAAGGAACCUGCCCUACGACUGCAAUCAAACCAGAUGCCUUCUUUCACUUCACCAGACCAAGAAGAUGACCUGGAGGCCUGUGUUUUAAGAUUUUCCGACCUAGAUUUAAAAGACACAAGGCUUAUCAAUCCCAGUAGCAGUCUCAAAGCAGAGUUAGAUGUCAGUACAAAGAAGAAAUAUCCGUAUGCCAAGAAAAAGGCAUUUGCCCUUUUCGUCAAAACCAAAGAAGUUCCAGCAUGUCCUCUUGAAUGUAAAGAAAAAUGGUGGCGAUGCUGUCAGCAGCUCUUCAGAGACCAGAUCAGCAUCCACAGACACGUGGCAACACAGCAUGCUGAUGAGAUUCGCCACCAGACUGCUUCUGUGUUACAGCAGCUGGCUGUGACAUUGAACACCUCAAAAAGCCUUAAGUCUGAGGACAAUAGGAUCCCUCUACAAGAGGACUUCUCCUGUAAUCCUGAUGUGUCUAUCUGGCUUCCUGAUAUAAGCUGCUUUACCCCUGAUGAGCUGAUAAGCGGCCAGGGCAGUGAUGGAGGAGAGGUGCUGCUUUAUUACUGCUACCGUGACCUGGAGGACCCCCACUGGGUGUGUGCCUGGCAGACAGCUCUGUGUCAGCUCCUGUCCCUCACGGGCAAGGUUCGAAUUGCUACAGAAGGAAUCAAUGGGACAGUUGGUGGAAGCAAACUCGCCACCAGACUCUAUGUGGAAGUCAUGCUUUCCUGUCCAUUGUUUAAGGAUUAUAUGUGUAAGGAUGAUUUUAAGACCAGCAAAGGAGGGGCUUGCUGUUUUCCAGAAUUGCGUGUUGGUGUAUUUGAAGAAAUUGUGCCCAUGGGGAUCAGUCCCAAUAAGAUCUCCUACAAGAAGCCUGGAAUCCAUUUAUCCCCAGGUGAAUUUCAUAAAGAAGUAGAAAAAUUUUUGUCUCAGGCAAAUGAAGAACAAAGUGAUACUAUCUUACUGGACUGCAGAAACUUCUAUGAAAGCAAAAUAGGACGAUUCCAGGGCUGCUUAGCCCCAGACAUCAGGAAAUUCAGUUACUUCCCUAGCUACAUUGACAAAAAUCUGGAACUUUUCCAAGGGAAGAAGGUGCUGAUGUACUGCACUGGGGGCAUCCGGUGUGAGCGGGGUUCCGCCUACCUCAAGGCCAAGGGCGUGUGCCAGGAAGUGUUCCAGCUCAAAGGGGGCAUCCACAAGUACCUGGAGGAGUUUCCCGAUGGUUUCUACAAAGGGAAGCUGUUUGUUUUUGAUGAGCGCUAUGCCUUAUCCUACAACAGUGAUACAGUGUCAGAAUGUUCAUACUGUGGAGUCCCAUGGGACCAGUAUAAACUCUGCUCAACUCCCCAGUGCCGCCAGCUCAUCUUGACCUGCCCUGCUUGCCAACAACAAGGAUUCACAGCCUGUUGUGUCACAUGUCAAGACAAAGGGAGGAGGUUGGCUUUGAGUCCCACCCAGAACAGCUUUAAAGAGGAAUGUGAGUGUACUGCCCGACGGCCACGCAUACCCAGCGAGCUGCCACGGCAGGUGUGGCUCCCCAUGAGCCCCGAGCUGAAGCCAGAUAUUGGUGAGGAUGGGCCACGCAUAUGUGAGGAGAAGCAGCACUUCCCCAGGCCUGCACAAAGCUAGUUCACAGUGACCACACAUUGGAAAAUAUCAGAGCUGCAGCAGCAAAAAAACUUGAACUUGAAUGCUGGUUUUGCCAGCAUCAUAAACUGGAUACCAUAUUGGCCACCUAAGCUUAAGAGGGGCCAGGAAGAGGGGGUAGGGUGCUGACAACUUACCUGAGACAUUUGACUCAGAAGAUGCCCGAACACAGGAAAAGGUGAGCUGUGUAGGAUCCCAGUGCUGCUGGGGGAGAGAGCCUUGAGCCUGGUGACCAGGUCAUGCCCUUUCUGUGCCAUGCAGCAGGCUGGUAAUAGUUACUUGUCUCGUCAGCAGACCGGUUGAUCCUGGUGGCAAAAGCAUGAAAGCUAUGUCCUUGGAGGGAGACUCCUUGGAAGCAGGCCAUUCCUGCUACCUACCAUCACCUACCAUCCGCUCCUACCCUCAUCCCUAAAUCAGGAUCUGCAGAAUAGGGCAUUUGACUGGCCUUCUGGUUUUGUAAAUAGUUUUAGUGGAAUAGCCACACCCAUUGAUUUGUAUAUGAUCUGUGGCAGAAUUAAGUAGUUACAACAGAGACCAUACGGUCUGCAAAGCCAAAAACGUUUGCGAUCUGGCCCCUUUAUGGAAAAAAAUAGCCAUCCCCUGGUCAAAACCCAACAGCUCACCUGAUGGAGCAGAUGAUCUGAAAGGUUGCCCACCUUCAUUGUUUUGAUUCGAUUUCUGUGAGUGAUCUCCCCCUAAGAGUCCCUGUUUCCCCCCCAGUACCCACACUCUUAGCUUUUAAGUACAGUCUUUGAGAGAUUCAUAUUAGCUUGAGGACCCUGAUGUUUGGGCAGUUUGGACGUGAACGUGCCGGGAUAUAAACACAUUCGGAGUGAGGCCAUUCGGCACUGCUGGGGUAGUCUCCCGGCCUCUGGCCAAUGUGUCAGGCGCAUGUCCAUGUCACACGAGCCACAAGAAACACAUACACGACCAUCCAUAGACCAACAGAUUUAAUAUUAUAUUGCAGUUUCCAGUGAUGCAGAAUGCAGCCGCAGUUGUGUUUCAAGAAGCCUAGUGGGGCUGGCCAUCCCAGCAGCGUGGUGCCACUCCCGGCCCGCCCGUAGCCUCAGUAGACACUCUUCCAUCUCGGGGAGGCCCUGGCUGCACCUCCGGUUACCCUGCACUGGCCGCGUCAUUACAGUUCAGUGUGUGAGACUUUUCCUUCCUCGUCAAAAGCCUCUGCUCAGUGCUCUGCAGCUUGGUUUACGCUUGUCAGAUCUUUGGCCUGUCCUUUAUCAUAAGAUUUGCUGAAUCACUCAGGAAAAUAACUCCCAAGCAACAGACAUGCUAGUUUAACUGGCACUGUGGUAUAUUAAAAGGCACAAGGGCAUAGUGGCUUAACAUUUUUGCUGGAUCCCAAGAGAUGCACAUGAUGUUAAAAAGGGAUCUGGCAGAAACACCAUAAUUACAUUUUCAGAAUCAUCAUCUUGGGAUGGUUUGGCCAGGGUUUCCUAAUUCUUUAAUAUCUGGAUUUUCUUCACCGUUGGCCUUCAGAGGCUUUCUUUACAGGCAUGAUCAGUGAUGUCUUGUCUAAUGAAUGUCGUGACACAUGGUUGAAAUCUGUAAGCAUAGCUGCGAUGGACUAGAAAUUUCUCUAGUGUUUUACCUCACGUUAGCCAUCGGACCACCGUGCAAUGUGGAAGGGUGUUUUCAAGUAUUUGGCCAUAGGUUUUCACAUCGUUGCAGUUGACAUUCAAUAAGGAAAAAAUUCUUUCCAAUUCCAAUAUCAAAUUGUAAAUAAAUCCCAGAUGUUCAUAAAGAACACUCAGGGAAAUGUUUGUUGCCUGGGAUUGGGAAAGAAAGGACGUUUUUUGAAACCUGAAAUUUCACCAUUGGCUUUUUCAUCAUUUCCUCGUAUCCAGCAAAAGGAAUCUCAUUCCUGGAUUCCUGGCAGAGCUCUGUGGCUUCAAUCUCUCUUUCUUGAAGGGCAGAAUUGUGUUCCUGACCCAGUAAUCUAUUUGGCAACUUUAAUCUUGAGGUUCUUCAAAUUUAAAGGAGGAUUAAUAGAGAACGAUGAUCUGUUUGCUAAAUACUAAAAUCAAAUUCAUAAUAAAGUAUUUUAUAAUGCGUCUCAGCCAUGCGGAAGAGUGGGCUGUUCGUUCCUGUGGUACACAUGCUAAAUACCCCUGAAACACCACGCAGUGAGGCCACCAAAACUGGGCUCCCAGGGCUAAGUCCUGCUGCUAGAACAACUUCAGUAAGAUCUGUUGGUUUGGGGUCUUCUUAGUUUUUAAAUAAUAACCAGACUGAACUUCUGUGACUAAAGAAAAACUUCACAUUAACCAUAGUUUAUAAAAUUUUCAACUACAACCAUUAGUUAACCUAAACCUUAGUGCAUCAAGAACUGAACCACAAAAGGGUUCUGUGCCGGCAUUUUGCCUUCUGGUUUCCACUGCAGAGCACGGAUGAUCAGUAGGACAUGUGCAGUUCAAAGGCGCCGUCCUCCCCUCCACACACUAGACACCACUUCGGACCUUGGGAAUGAUGGGCCCAGUCAAGUCUGCGAGCCUCCUCUUCCUCACUGGAAAGGAAUGGAGAUGAGAAAUAAGCCAGCUGACCCUGUGCUCUGGGAACCACCUCUAUGGCUCUGAGAAAGCCCUAGGAAGCUUCUCGCUAACUUUUCUGUUAGCAAGGUCCAAUGUCUGUUGUUUCUAAAGGAUGGUUAUGUGUGAGCUGUGUAAGGGCCCUCCUGCUGGUCAGCAUUCCCUGAUGAGGGCUGCUUGUUGACUCAUUCAUAAACUACUGCUAAGCCUCUGACCACACAGGCGUAAAACCCGCUUUAUCUGUCUCCACUGUGUUUGGUUUUAUACCAGAGGCCCUGCAGUUGAAGAUCUUUCCUCCCAGAGGCUCAGAUAAGGGCCAAAGUUCAGUUGAUGGUCAUGAGAGUAGGGUCUUAACCUGCUGGAAUCAUUUCCCACAGCUCCUUCUGAGUUCUGGCCUGCCUCCUGUCUUAUUAAAAAAAAAUAAGUUUCCACCCUUGAAGAUUACCCUGCAGUAUCUGUGUCCCCUUAGUGUUAACCCUGACAUUUUCCCAGAGGCAAGACAACAGAAGCUCAAAUACUGUUCACUUAACAAAGUUGUUAAAUGCCAUAAAGAGGAAAGUGCAAGCCAGAAGGUUGCAGGCUGGAGUCGUUACAUGUUGAGUGACAGAGAGGAGGAAGGGGGGCCCUGUGUUGUCACAUGGGAGAGUGUUUUGAAAGAAUUUCAGUGUCUGCAGAUGGCAGACCAAGGAGCCGGCUAGAUCCGCCCCAAGAGAAAGGUCCAAAAGUCCGGAGAACCAGUAGGUGGCAGUCAAGGAGGCUGCUGGUGGCCGUGGCAGCCAAGGAAAGAAGUCUGUACUUAGAUGUCUUCCAUUUCCUGAGCUGAGCCAGUAGACCUGCGGCCUCCAGAUCGUCGCAAGCUCCAUCAAGAACCUGGUCAGCUUGUGCGGGACACGGAGAAUAACAGAGCAGAAGUUGCUGGGAAGGGGUGGUAUGGGGUUGUGGCUGGGAGCCGGAGCACACAGUUCACCCAGACUGGGGCUGGAGUUCAGCCUGUCCCUGAGCUCCUACCCACCCCUCCACCCCUGUCAGAGAAUAAUGAAUGCAAAUCGGUGGGCUCUCUUCCCGGAGAGAAGACACUGCAUCCAGCCCAGGCCCCAGACACCAUUAGAAUGUCUAGCAGCUUGGGAGAAAAGGUCAGGGAACAAAAACCACAACCCGAAGAGCAGAGAAGUUUCGUCCAAAGUGACCAGAGAGUUUACAUGAGCCAGACAUGUAAGUAUCAGCACAUGAGCUGUGCAAGCAUAUGCCCCACAGGGCGGUCCUCAUUACACCUCUUCUACAUCCAGAACCUCACCGGAGCCCGCCACCAGUUCUGGUCAGCAUUGUUCUCUUUCCCACAUUACGGAGCAGGAGAGUACGGCAGAGAGGCUACAUUUCAUGCCCGAAGCGGUAAAGCUGGUCCUAGACAGACCCAGGGUGUGUAGCUCAUCUGAAGCCUCAGCCCAGCACCUCCCUCAGGACAAUCUGGGACUGUCUACAUAGGGCCUACACAGCUGAUUCUUACAAGAGCAUCCGCAAAUUUCCCCUGGAGAACAAAAGGGAGCGAGAACCCCUAAGAGCUAGUGGCAGAAUCAGGAUGGGAACCUGAGUCCCCAGCCCAUGGUUCAGGAUACAGACAGGGAUCCCAGGUUUCUUUUCCCCACCACGUGCCCUCACUGUGUACCCUGGGCAGGAGCCCCACAGCUCCCCUAGCCCUGGCUCUCAUGGGGACCGCAUGGGGGAAAAGGGCAAGGCAGCCACCUGCUUAGGUGUUACUCUUUUCCAUUUUAAUGAUGAAGGAAAUUGAGGCCAAGAGAGGGAAGUAAGUUGGCCCAAGUCACGGGGAAUAAGUGACGGAAGCAGAAGCCCAGGUCUCCCAACAUCUUCCUUCAAUUCAAUCUGCUUUUUACUUCCAUUAGAGCAAAAUCCUUAUCAUGGCAAUAGCCAGACCUGUUCGCUGGGACAGAUGGAAUCUUUGGGUGUCUGGACCAACCUCUAUCUGCUGCUCAAGCUCCUUCCACCACUUCCUGCCAAGCUCGAACUCCUCUAUCAUGUCUUUGGGAAGCAUUUUAAAUUCACAUGUUCAAUAAUAUUCACCGAGUGCCAUUAUGUGCCAGGCACAAGGAUCAGAAGUAAUGAUCUAGCUUAACAGGGCACCAAGCUAGACCAACAGUGAGUUUGAGAACAUACUAUGUGUUCCCCAGUAGCUCUCUAUCAGGUAUGAGGCAUAAUGAAGGAAGUGGUCGGAAGGACGGCAGGGAACGUGUGCACCGAGUCUGGAAGGAUAAAGGGGCAGACUGAGAAGGGAAGGGGCGGGUUAGGAGUAGGGGCCCUCUACAGGGAUACUUUGGCCAGGGUCACUGGGAGGCACUCAAGCUCCCGGGACCGGCUGGUGCUAAUAUGGGGUGAGAGAAUGGCUUGUCAGGGGACAGAGAAGUCCCAGCACAUCCUCACCACGAAGGCAGAUGGGGGCACAGGCUCUGAGGUCCGACUGCAGCUCAAACCCCACCUGCACCCACGGACUGCAGGUAACCUUACCUACUUCUCCAGUCCUCCACUUCCUUCCUGCAGAGUGGGCGGUAGUAAUGGGACCUCACUCAGCCAGUUGUUGGGGGCCUCACGUGGUUAAGUAAGACAGGAAGUGUGCACGGCGGCACCUGGCACUCAGGAGGCGUGGUGUACGUAUCAGCUCUGACUACUGAGGGACGUGUUGAGGACUGUCCCCUGAGGGAAGAGGGAGCCCAGCAAGGGUACUAAGCAAAGUGACAGACAAACUCUGGGAUGGGCGCUCUGUGAGAGUUGCUGGCCAGCUCACAGAAGUUGCAGGACAAGAGGCGAAUGUGCUGAGGGCUUGGCACGAGGCAGGGCAAGGGGGAUGGCCCGGAGAGGGCUGACUGGCUGCGUGGGAGCAGCAUAUAGACAGAGGCCCAGAUUUCGGGCUUGGAGGCCUGUGAGGAAAGUAAUACCCUUUGUAUGAGUAGUUCUGGGGGAUGAUGAAAUUGAUUUGGGGUACAUGGUGUCUGGGGUGCUUUUUAGAAAAGCCUUCCUUGAGAAUACAGCAGAAGAGAGACUUCCCCAGGAACGGGUGUUUCCUGCUCUGAAACAGGUUAGCCCUCGUCCCCACCCCACCUCCACACAUACAACGGUCUUAAGUUGGAGCUGGCAAUUCUGAGUUCAUUAAGUGGAGAGAGCUUUGGAGGCAGAUUUACAGGACCCGAGAGCCAUGCUUAGCUCUCAGCUAUAAAUAGUGUAGAGGUAGGAGUCAUCUGAGGUAUCGCUAUACGAAAACAUAGAUGGGGACCCGCGGUUCCUCCCUGACACGGCCGUGCAGCUGGCCGCUCAGUGCAAAGGAUGGGAAGGACCGAAGACACACCAGCCGGAAUGGGUCCCGGCAGGCUGCAUGUAAGCAGAGGCACAGGCUGACCUCUGGCCUUGGGGAUCGAACAGCCCCCAAGGAAGAGCCCACCCACCCUGCAGUCUCAGAAGGCAAAGUCAUUUUUGGACACUGUAUCAGAUCCUUUCAGCAGCCAGCAGGAAUAAACGCUCGGAGAGCUUGAAAACAACAGGCACCUGGAA